AUGAUUGCGAGCCCUUCGCUCCAGAGCCAUCAGCACCACCUUCACCACCCUCACUCUCGCGACGCUUCUCCUCCCUACAUUUCCACCACCGCUACCGCGCAUACCAGGCCGUCGCUGUCGUCGCGUGCUGCCACGUCUCCUCCCCCCUCCUCCUCCUCCACCACCACCACCACCACCACCUCCUCCUCCUCCUCGGCACCCCCCGACCACAACGGCCGUCAUAUCGACCCCGCCCACUCACAGCCGGUCGACCCUUCGCCACGUCUUGUCAGGCUCGCCUCCAAGAUCCCCUCCCCACCCGACUCUUCUCCGGCUGCCUUCUCCCGAUCCUGCCCCGCUGAACAUGCCAGGAGUGAGUCUAUGGCUUCUGAUAUGGUAACCGCGUCUGUCGCCCCCGCCCACCAUGUUCCCACGCCGUCCUCGGCGACGACAGCGCCCACACUGCUCUCGUCGUCUUCCUCCGCAUCAGGGAACCACCCGUCGGUGCAGACUCAGCAGCAGCAGCCGAUAUCGCCGGCGCCAGACCACUCUGCGACGGCUUCACAGUCUCAAGUGCCGAGGCAGACGGUAGUCCAUGUCCGCGACUUGGCACACGUCAAGAGCCUGGCUCAGUCGGACAUGCACCCCGACGCCCAGCUCCAGCAGCAGGUCAAGUACGACAUCAGCGGCAUGCCUAUUGGCGACAUCAUCGAUAUGGUGGCCGCUCUGCUGACCAAGAUCACCUCGACCAACGAUCUGCAGCACGACGCCAUGCAGCGUAACGCCGCUCACCAGCAGCAGGCCAACCAGUCGAGCGAAACGACGGGCGGCAAUCAGAUGAGCCCCAUGAGCCAUUCGGUACUCGCCUUUCACGGAAAGAACGUGCCCGCCAUCACAAUUCUGAGCUACCUCUCGCGCAUAUACAAGUACUGCCCCACCACCUUUGAGGUGUUUCUCAGCCUCCUCGUCUAUUUUGAUCGCAUGACGGAGCGCGUGAACGACCUCGUCUCCAAGAGCGAAGAUGCUCGCAAAGCAGCAGCGGCGGCAGCAGCAGCGGCGGCGGCGGCGGCGGCGGCGGCGGCUCCUUCAUCACGUCCCCAUUCCCAGCUCCGCGCAUCACAAGCGGGCUCGGAUCCGCGCCAUCAAGACCGUGACUCGGAUGUCGCCAUGCGCGACAGCGUCGCUUCGUCAACGACAUCGGACGACUCGGAUCUGGCUGACGAUGACGACGGCGACGACGACGACGACGACGACGACGACGACGACGAAUUGACUAGUAGCAACGCCAGUCGCCGACCUAGCGACCGCGUCAUAACCGUACCCGAGGAGCUACCCUCUGUGUAUGGGCCAUCGACUUACUUUGUCGUCGAUAGCUUCAAUAUUCACCGUCUGAUAAUUGCUGGGGUUACAUGCUCUAGCAAGUUCUUCUCGGACGUGUUUUAUACCAAUUCGAGAUAUGCCAAGGUGUGUUGUACACCACCCCUCCCCUUUUCUUUCGCUCGCCUCUUGUUUCCCAGUCGUCCCGUUGCUCCCAUCCCUCGACCAUUCGCUGACACUCCGAAAAAGGUCGGAGGUCUACCCCUCGCCGAACUCAACCAUCUCGAGCUGCAGUUCCUCAUCCUCAAUGACUUUAGACUUGCCGUUCCCGUCGAGGGCCUGGAAGCCUACGCCACGAUGCUCGUCGAGUUCUACACCCGCGAAGUCGUCUGUCAGACAUGA